CACAUUGUAAAUAGGUGUGCUACUAGGAAAUGAAUGUGAGUUGUGUAGUGUCUGUGUUGCUCCCACAACUAUAAAAUAGUUAAAAUAACUCAGUACCAACAAAUUAUCUGAAUGUUUUUCAAAGGUUUAUAACACUCAGUAGCCUUGGCGUGUUCUCAUUUUCCAAAUGAAUAUCGCAUAUAUAUAUAUAUAUAUAUAUAUAUAUAUAUAUAGCAUAGCUUAUUAUACUUAAGACGAAAUUUUCAGUUCGCUAGCAAUGUGUAAGGAAUGGUCUGUGCUGCUGGAUGAGUAUUCAUGCUCGACAUUUCCUGUUGUAUUCCAUACCCUGUGAUUAAGUAACUUUAUGCUACCACAAAGUUUAUUUGGUAACUUAGGUAGGGAAGUUCUUGACAUUUCCUGCAAAUUCAACCCUCAAAACAAACGAUUCUCAUUUUUUAUAAAGUAGAUUAGUGUUGAGUUGAAUAUAAAUUAAUAAUAUGACACAAAUCCUCAAAUGUCAGCUUAUCAGUCAGUUAUAUGCAAAUUAAAACAUAAGGCAUCUGUAUACCAGUCCAAGUCGCCACACUUCACGAACACAGACAAGUGGAAUUUUUAAAAAAUCCUAGGUUGGUGGUGGAAAAAAUUAUUCAUCUUAAACAUUAUUCUAAAAAAAACCUGAUUUUUGGUGGGUUGAAAAUAUAGUUUUCUGGCCAUAUCGUCAACUACGCUAAUGUGAAUACCUUCUGAAAUGUGGUACAAGCGGAAAUUAAGAAGAUAUAUAUCAGACGAUGAUGAUCUGUUAGUAGUAGUAAGUUUGUGUAUUUGGGUAAUUGUGUAAAUACUGGCAAUGGAGUGAUUAGUGAGAUUAUUCUACGUGCAGUGAGAGCUAGUGAUUUAUGCUAGUCCCAGCCAUCUUUCGUACCGUUGUGUAGUUAGUCUGGGUGUAAAAUGUCAGAUUUACAAAGCUUUGGUUUAAGCAGUUUUGCUGUGUUUGUAAAAAUUGACCCCUUAGAGUUGGAGAUGUCAGAAAAUUUUGUGUUUGGUGAUCGUUGUCUCCGGAGCCUUUGUACUUGCUAACUGAUGGCUUUAUGUGCUAUUGCGAACCAGUACUGGUAAGCAUCCUGAGUGAGUGUUUUGUAUGAAUCGUGCUAUAUUCCUGAAUUUAACUUCAGAUGUUACUCUAGAUCGGCAUAUGUUUGUAGUUCGGUUGUUUUUUGAAUGAAGUAUACUUAAGUGGGGUCUUUAUAUAUUGACUUAACAAAGAAACUUGCUCACAAAUAUCGUUCUCAAGGUCACGCUAAUGUGAAGCACAGUUUAAACAAAUGCUUCUGCUAAUACAUGAUAAAUAUAUCUUUUAUCAAUAUUCACAAGGGAAAAUUAAAAUCCGGAAAUAUAACGGAGUGUGCAGCAGAUAAAUAACACUUAAUGGGGAAGCUUGGAAGAGGUGGGAGGUCUUAUGUACUUGGGCAGAAUUGUAGAUAAACAAUAUAAUCUAAUGCACAUUUGAGGGCAUGGACUGGCAAAGCAAGGAUAGCUUCUACAACUUGAAAACGUCAAGACAGCUCUACUUCACGAAGCUGAAACUCGGAUAACUACGAUAAUCAUUGUCCGGAAGGUACAGGUAUUUAUAAGCAGACAUCUACACAAGACACACCAGAUCCGUUGGCCAGAUACUGUCAGCAACAACUCGUUGUAGCAGAAAACAAACCAACUUCCAGCUGAAUAAGAAAUUAAGAAAGGACGCUGAAGAUGGAUAGAACAUAUAUUGCAUCACAAGGCAAGCCGUAACUCGGGAUCUUGCACAUGGAAGGAAAAGAGGACACCUAGGGUAACAUUGCAUUGCGAAUCGGAGUUGUAAAGGAGAGCCCAGGAUAGAUUUGUUUGGAAAUUCCUGUUUGGAGGCUUGUCCUCAACGAAGGGUAACAGGCAUAAGAACUUGAACAGCUGGAAUACUUUUGCAGAGAACUAUAUACAACUAGUGAUCCGGAAAUCCGUAGUCAAGCAGAAAAAGCUUGUUCUUCCUUAUGUGAACGGGCUGAUUGUCCUUCUAUAUGCCAGUUACUUUUACAGCAUUCAACUUCGUGCUACUCACAGCUUAUUGCUUCUACAGCUUUGACUAAAUAUAUUUCCAAUCGAGAUGCUAUAAUUUCACAUUCAUCACGUUUAGCUAUUCGAGAUUUUGCCUUAAAUUAUCUAGCUGCGCAUGCUGGAUUGGAAAAAUUUGUACAACAAGCCUUAAUCACACUUAUUUGUCGGCUAACAAAGUCGGGAUGGCUGGAUUCAGUAGACGGUAGUCCUGGAUUUUGUGAUAUUUUGGACUGUGCGUCAAAGUUUAUUGAGUGCGGUCAAACAAGCGCAAUUCUUACUGGGGUGCAAAUACUCAAUAAUUUAGUUUCGGAAAUGAAUCAUGAUUGUGAGUGUGAUGUUACUCGUGCAAUUUUCUUACAACGUAAAAGAUCUUCAUCAUUUCGUGAUCUACUACUUUUGCCUAUAUUUCGACUUAGUUUGAACUUACUACGAGAUGCUGAUCAAAAUUUAACUUCUUUAGAUUUGAAUAAUCCUGAACAACAUGGAUUAUUUUCUCAAAGUUUACAAUUAGUUUAUUCUUGUCUUUCAUAUGAUUUUAUUGGAACAUCUGGUAGUGUUAAUAGUACAGUAUGUGAUGUAUCUUCAAAUGGUAUGGAUGAUUUAGUUGUUGUACAGAUUCCAACAAGUUGGCGACAAAUUUUUCUUGAUUCAGAGACUGUACCAUUAUUUUUUCGAUUAUAUAAAAAUUUAUCACCUGAUUUAUCUGUUCUCGCACUUUCUUGUUUAGUUCAAAUAGCAAGUAUACGUCGUUCAUUAUUUACAAAUGCUGAAAGAUCAAUAUUUCUUUCACAAAUUGUAUCUGGUUGUCGUGAUAUAUUGUUAUCUGUUAGUAAUAUAACACCAUCAUCAUCAACAGCAACAACUAAUACUACUGUUAUUGGUUCUCCGCAUAAUACACUUUCUAAUACUAUUACUACUACUACUACUAAUAAUAAUCAUAACAAUAGUAUGAACAAUCAAGAUUGUAAUUUAAUCAAUAAUCCAGAAGCUUAUCAUGAAUUUUGUCUUCUUCUUUCUAGACUUAAAUGUAAUUAUCAAUUAAAUGAAUUAAUUACACUUGAUGAUUAUUCUUCAUUUAUUGAAUUACUAACUAUAUUCACUGUGAAUAGUUUAAAAGCAUCUACAGAUGAAUCUAAUCAAAAUAGUUUACAUUAUUUAUUAACAUUAUGGCAACGUUUAGUUGCUAGUAUUCCAUAUGUUCAUUCAUCUGAUACACAUAUGUUAGAUACAUUUACACCACAAAUAAUUAAUGCCUAUAUUCAAACACGUUUAAAUUCUAUACCAAAUUAUAUGAAUCAUACUACUAUACAUAUUACUCGUGAAUCUAUACGUUCUGAAAAGAAAUCAAAAGAAUUUAUUAAUUUAUCAAAAUCAUUCAAUAAUUCUACAACAAAUGAUACAUUACAUAAUGAUAAUCAUCAUAAUCAUAAUUAUAAUAAUAAUAAUACUUGUAAUUCUAUAAUUACUAAUAAUUCUAAAUUAGUCAAUGAUUCAUUAUCUAUAAAUAAUGAAUGUUUACUUGAUGAUUGGAUUACACUUUCACAACAAUUAGAUCAAUUUGGAACUAUUGGACGUUGUGUAUAUGGUAAAACUUGCAAUACUAUUAUUCUGUUAUUUGAUGAAUAUGCCAGUAGUUUAGAAAAAGCUUUCAAUAUUCUCACUUCUAACAAUUUAUCCGUAAAUGAUUCUCAUCUGGAACAAGUUUUACGCUUAGAAGAACAUCGUCUGGCAUGGCUUGUUUAUAUGGUUGGUGCAUUAAUCGGUGGUCGUGUAAAUUAUGCCAAUGCAGAUGAAUGUGAUGGUGAAUUAGUCUGUCGUGUAAUACAAUUAACUCGUUUAAUAACAAAUUUUAUCACAUCAAAUACUUCAUCAACAGUAUCGAAUUGCACUAAUACUUUGCUAACAACUCAAUCACCAAGUAUGAUACGAUUAGAGUUAGCUGUAUUAAGUUUCUUUGAACAACUUCGACGAGUGUAUGUUGGUGAAAAUGUUGGCAGAUUGUCUAAGUUCUAUCAAUGUUUAUCAGAUAAAUUAGGUAUAUCAGAUGAAAUGAUGAUCCUUGAUGUAUUUAUUAAUAAAAUUUUAACAAAUUUAAAAUAUUGGAGUAAUUGUGAAUCAGUAUUACAAAGAACGUUAAAUUUAUUAUCAGAAUUAUCCGUUGGUUUUAGUGCUAUGCGUAAAUUAUUACGAUUAGAUAACAUACAAUUUAUGCUUAUCAAUCAUACACCUGAAUAUUUUCCUUUUCUAUCAUCCAAUACAACAAUUGAACUAUCUCAAUUAUCAACAAUUUCACGAUUACGUACAACAUUUUAUGCUUCAAUUUCACGUUUAUUAAUGGUUGAAUUAGGUGAAGAUGAUGAAAAAUUUCUAAAUUUUGUAUCUCCAUUAACAAGAGUUACAAAUCAAUUAAUUAUAGCAUUAUUAUUUGGAGAUUCAUCUAAUUUCAAUGAAAAAUUAAUGAAAAUCUCAAUUAUUGGCUUAGCCCGAGAUAUACGUGGUAUAUUAUAUAGUUUAAAUAAUAAAGCAUCAUAUCAAAUGUUAAUGAAUUGGAUUUAUCCAAAUGGUUUAUUAUUAUUUAAUCGUGUAUUAGAACUUUGGCCAUAUGAUUAUACAAUAACAAUACCAAUAUUAAAAACAAUUACAGAAUUAAUUAAUAAUCGUAAUGGACGUUUAUUAUAUGAUAUCACUAUACCAACUGGUUAUUUAUUGUUUACAUAUGUUAGUAAACUUUUAUGCAAUUUUGGUCUUCAACUGCUCUCUAAUCCAUGUCAAAUCCCAAAAAAUUCAUUAUAUCAAAUUAAAUUAAAACCAAUUAUGACAUCAUUGAAUUUAUUAAAAAUAUGUCUUUCUGGUAAUUUGGUUAAUUUUGGUGUAUUCAGUAUGUUUCAUGAUGAUUCGUUGGAAAGAGUAAUGGAAAUGAGUAUUCAAUUAUUAUUAUCAUUAAGUAAUACUGAAUUACAUGAUCAUCCAAAAUUAGCAUUGUGUCAUUUUGGAUUAUUGGAACAUAUGCUCAAUGAACAUAUUAUCUUUGUUGCUUCAUUGGGUACACCAAUUUUAUUGCAUUUUUUAGAAACUAUAGCGAAUAAUAUAAUAUCAUUAGAUUCUGGUAUCAGUGAAGUUUGUUGUGUAUGUUUAGAUUAUUUUUCAACUCACCUAUUUAAAAUUGUCCAACGUGAACAACGUUCAAAUCGUACAACUGAUGGUAAUAACUAUAAUAAUAAUUCAUUAUAUCUAAUUGAUGUAAACAAUUCGAAUUUAGUGAAUGGAGACAAUCAUAAUAACAGUAAUGAUAAUAAUAAUAAUAAUAAUACUAGUCAUUUAUUCGUACCACAUAUAGUAUUAGAUCAAGGUGGUGCAUCCAAUCAUGCUGUAUGGUCUACACGUACUAUAUCAGCAAAAUCAAAUCUAUUGAAUUUAUUAAUGCCAACAACAUCAAAUUCACAAAAUGUAGAAAUGAUUUCAGGUGUAAAUCUACUUCGACGUAUACUUAUUACAUUACUUAGUUCAGUAAUACAAGAAGAAUGUCGUUGUCAAUGGUCUAUGUCUAGACCAUUAUUACCUUUAAUUUUAUUAAAUCAACAAUACUAUACGGAAUUAAAAAAUCGUGUAAUUAAAGAACUACCAGAAGAAAAACAAGAGUCUGCAACCAAACUCUUUGGUAAAUUAAUGGAGGACGUUGAAUGUAACUUGACUGUUAAGAAUCGUGAUACGUUCACCCAAAAUUUAUCUACCUUCAAGCAUAGUUUGGGCGACUUCCUCAAAAAAACAAGUACAAAACCUGACGAUACAUUUAGUCAAGCGGAAGGCAACAACUAUGAAACAUAUGUUUGUUUAGGUAGUGCUAUAGCACAAGCAGGCGAACAAUUGCUGAAUGCAUAGGAACUCAAGAUAAACUAUUUUGUACAAUAUUUUGUAAUUAUUUAAAUAAAAUUCUUCAGCGUCAAAUGCAAUUAUUUGAACAAUUGUAGCUACUUUGGUGCGAUUUUUCUGAAAUUAGUCUUUGCAAUAGUUCUGGAAUUCAUCCAAAAACUUCAAAUAUAACUUGUGCUCUUCUGAAGUACAGAAGUUUUGCAAUUCUUCUUGAAAGUCUGCGUCCAGUCCUCGUUCUACCAGCAAUUGCAUUGUAUGAUUAUACAUAUCCUAAGAUAAAAGAAAGGAGUCAUUAGGCUAGUCAAAAGAUGUUGAACAGUACUACUGAGAGUCACUUACGUCGUCAAAUAAAUCAGUAUACACGAAAUAGCCUGGGAUGCGUUCAAUUUCAACUGAAUCCACGGAAUAAGUAGCUGUAAAGGGAAGAAAUGUAUUAGACUAUAGAGCGAAAGAUUAUUGUCAAGACGUUUACCUAGAGUUUUCAAAAACCACCUCUGUUCCACGUAGACAAUCUAUGGAUACCGAAAGUCUGUCAGUCAGUCAGUAACAACGUAGAAAUUCGUACGUACGUACAUCAGUUCGAGUUGCCAUACCACAUUAGCACAGAGACACAGUUGUCGAUUCAAAUCCCGUAGUGGUAGAAGUAGUAAGAUUAUAAGCAGUAAUCGGAAACAUUAGGGUUUGGAAAUGUUAUUUAAAGAGUAUAAUCCAGUGAAAUAAAUUUGGGAAGAGAAAAAAGAGACAAGGAGGAAUCAGAAGAUUAAAAUUUGGGAGAACACAAAGAGUGGAUGCACCUGAGCCAUUGCAAACGAUUUUGAGCCAUGUCAUUCAGGGUCUCUAACCAUCGGUUGCUAUCAUCUCGCGGUCCCCAACCAGUCAUACGUAACACGUGUCCCAGCCAUCUCAACUGAUCAAGUUUCAUCACUUCAUCAAUUGAUUCACCACCCUUACCUAGUACCCGUUUCCUAACAACCGCGUUACUUACUCGAUGGUCCCAGGAUAUACGAGCAAUGUUUCGAAGACACCUAUGAUCGAAUACUAGUAGCCUAUGAAUAUCCUCUACUCUUACCGGCCAUGUUUCACUGUCAUAAAGUAGGAUGGAACAAACUGCUGCGCAGUAAACACGUCCUUUGGUUGAUAGACGGAUAUCCCGCCUACGCCAUAAAUGACGCAAGUUGGCAAAAGCUAGUCGAGCCUUCUGUAUCCGUGCUGAGAUUUCGUCACACACCAGACCACAAGGGCUGAUGAGACCUCCAAGAUAAGUGAAGCGGUCGGCACGCUCGACUACUUCACUCCCUAUCAUUAGUUCGAGUGUCGAUGCAACCCAAUCCUGAAGCAAUAUUCUGCAUUUCGAGGGGGAGAAUCGCAUCUCGAACAUGCUUGCAUUGUUACUUAGAGUUGUCAGAACUCCCUGAUGGUCAGAUCAUACUAAAAUGAGGAGGGUAACCUUGUUGUCAGUUUCUGACAAGCUCAUUUACCCAGAAAGUCAGUCAGCUGUACCGGUGUGGUGUGGGUAUGACGUGAACUCAGGAGGGGUCAAGUACUUUGUUCUUUCAAAUAUCACUAGAUGUAGACUAAAAUAAGCUAUUUCAAGUGUGCUGAGCGUUAUGCAUAUAACUAGACAACUCAUCUAAAACACAACCUUAUGGACACUGGAUUUCCCAAGUGUCUAACGAAAUUAAUAGCGAGAUAAAGGUCCGACUACCUACAAAAACUGCUAGAUACGUUUAAGCUGUUUUCUCAACAUAUUCACAGCUAACACAAGCUAGCUACCUUCUCUUAUGAAGCUUAUUACAGGCCCAGGUAAACGAAGAUUCACGGACUAGAUUACAGAACAGAAUCUCACCUUGCAACCACUGCUGUUUAAACCGCUACACUAAGAAGUUUUUAUGGCAUAAACCUUGUAACUUGUUAGAUUUUAUACUAAAAUUUACCAAACGCUGACUACACAAGAAAACACUUACGGAGAUCAUUCGACUCAUCUUCAGAAAGUUGUUUUUCAGCGUCAUGGCCCGGAAGACUGCAGUUGAAAACAAGACUUCGACCACUAGGUUUUGUGAGUUUAAUACGCAAAUCAGGAUGAGCCUCCAAAGCAGUAUCAUCCUCACUCUUUUCCGUAGUACUCAUUUCAUCUUCAGAAAUACUAGGAGUAACACUACCAGCCAAAUUAAUCUCCACGUCGACGAAACUAAAUCUAAUAUAUUUAAGAUAAAUAUUGUUUACACUCCAUCUUGAUAUUCUUUGCGUAUAACGACUUCACAUCCAUUGGUUUUUACUACUUUAAACCCUUCAGGGGGAUCGCAGAAGAAAGCAUUUGCCUUUUCUUGUUUAAUCUCAUUGGUCAGAAACUGGUUGAGCUGACGGUCAACUAGACUACAUUCGUAUAGACAACCGAAAAUCUUACCUUGAGAUGAACAGAACCAAGUUGAAGUAGUAAGAUGUUUAAUAGUACUUGGUUUACUUAAGAUCUGGAUUCCUUUACUUGCAAACGUUAAACGAGCACCAAACAAAACACGAGAAACAAGUCUAGACAUCUCACGCCGAAAUUGGAAGCUUAACUAAGACCCUUAACCCCGAUUCACUAAAAC